UUAUAUUCUGGUGUGUUUGCUUGUGUUUACACACUUGACAAUACUUGGCAACAAUAUAAAUAUUAUUAUUUAUUUAUAAUUAAUUAUUAACAUUGAGGAAAAUAAAGUGUAAUUUUUAAAUUAUUUAUUUGGUUUUUGAACAUCAAAAGUAACUUGGAAAACUAACAAUAUGGCUAGAAAUGCAGAAAAGGCAAUGACAACACUUGCUCGUUGGCGAGCAGCACAAAGUGGUGAAGGAUUUAAAAAAGAUCAAGAUCGUCGUCCAUAUUUGGCAUCAGAAUGUCGUGAUUCAAGAAGAGCUGAAAAAUGGAGAACACAAAUUAUCGGUGAAAUCGCUAGAAAAGUUGCACAAAUACAGAAUGCUGGUCUUGGUGAAUUUAGAAUACGUGAUCUUAAUGAUGAAAUUAAUAAAUUACUACGUGAAAAACGUCAUUGGGAAGCACAAAUUAAAGAACUUGGUGGUCCAGAUUAUUCAAGAGUUGGUCCACGAAUGUUAGAUCAUGAAGGAAGAGAAGUACCUGGUAAUAGAGGAUAUAAAUAUUUUGGUGCUGCUAAAGAGCUACCAGGUGUACGUGAAUUAUUUGAACAAGAACCACCACCACCACCAAGAAAAACAAGAGCAGAAUUAAUGAAAGACAUUGACGCUGAUUAUUAUGGUUAUCGUGAUGAUGAUGAUGGUAUUUUAUCACCACUUGAACUUAUACAAGAACAAAAAUCACGUGAUAAAAUAAUAAAUGAAUGGGUACCACCAAAUGAUGAUGAUGAUGAUCAAAAUGCUAAUAUGGAAAUUGAAGAAACAAUACAAAAACCAAUACCAUCACAACAAGAUAUUCAAGAAGCAUUAGUAGCAAGAAAAAAACAAGAAUUAUUAGAAAAAUAUGUUUUAUAAGUCAAUAAAAUUAUUUAUUUUUCAUGCAAUUGAUAAACAUCUACCAAAAUUAUUUUCUUUUUUUUUUCUUUUAAUAAUAAUUUUUUUUACAAUACAUUUUUGUUUGUUAUAAAACUCGAUAAAUGGUAUUUUUAAUACAUAAUUAUCUCAUAACAUUUAAUUAAAGUAGUUUAAUUUUUUUAAUUUUUCAUUUGUGCAAUAGACGAUUUAAUUAUUCAUCAAGAAAAAAAAAAGAGGUGCUGUGGAUAAAAAGUUGAUAAAAAUCGUCAUUAAUUUAUUAAAAUUAUUUUUUUUCUACUUUUGAUUUUUUCAAAAUCAAAUAUUAAUAUUUAUUUUUUUUUUUUUUUGUAUAUCUGUUCUUUUCGUUUCAAUCUAAAAUGACAAUAAUAUUAUUGUCAUGUUUAACCAACUGUUUCCAUUCAAAAAAGUAAUAAUGCCAGACCAAAAGAUAAACUUUACGUCAAAACUUGAUAGAAAU